CCGACGGCAGCGGCCCGCCCGGCCCGGCGAGAGGGAGACGCGCCGCCCGGAGCUGCUGGGGCUCUGAGCGGGAGCGACCAGCGGCCCAGCGAGGCACAGCGGCCCCGGCCCCGGCCCAGCCCCCGAGCCUGGAGGCUCCCUAGAGGGCGCGGUCCGCCAUGAGCCAGAGGCAGGUCUUGCAAGUCUUUGAACAGUAUCAAAGAGCCAGGACACAGUUUGUGCAAACCGUGGCGGAGCUGGCUACUAGGCCACAAAACAUUGAAACCCUCCAGAAUGCAGGUGUAAUGGCUCUGCUGAGACCACUUCUAUUGGAUGUGGUUCCGAAUAUUCAACAGACAGCUGCCUUGGCUCUUGGGAGACUUGCCAAUUAUAAUGAUGACCUGGCAGAAGCAGUAGUGAAGGGCGAUAUUCUUCCACAGCUUGUCUAUUCAUUGGCUGAACAGAAUCGUUUCUACAAAAAGGCGGCUGCGUUUGUGUUACGAGCAGUUGGGAAACAUUCGCCUCAACUAGCCCAAGCAAUAGUUGACUGUGGAGCAUUAGAUACAUUGGUGAUCUGUUUGGAGGAUUUUGAUCCUGGAGUAAAGGAAGCUGCAUCCUGGGCCCUUGGCUAUAUAGCAAGACAUAAUGCAGAACUGUCCCAGGCGGUGGUAGAUGCUGGAGCCAUCCCUCUUCUAGUGCUCUGUAUCCAGGAACCCGAGAUCGCUCUGAGAAGGAUCGCCGCUUCAGCGCUCAGUGAUAUUUCAAAGCAUUCUCCGGAGCUAGCGCAGACCGUGGUGGAUGUGGGGGCAAUUGCUCACUUGGCUCAGAUGAUCCUCAACCCUGAUGCCAAACUGAAGCGUCAGGUGCUUUCUGCUCUCAGCCAGAUAGCAAAGCAUUCUGUGGAUCUGGCUGAAAUGGUGGUGGAAGCAGAAAUUUUCCCUGUUGUACUCACAUGCCUGAAGGAUUCCGAUGAAUACGUCAAGAAAAAUGCAGCGACUCUAAUUAGAGAGAUAGCAAGGCAUACGCCUGAGCUUUCACAACUCAUAGUGAAUGCUGGGGGAGUCGCUGCUGUGAUUGAUUGUAUUGGCAGUUGCAAAGGGAAUGUUAGGCUCCCUGGAAUCAUGAUGCUGGGCUACGUGGCAGCUCAUUCAGAGAACCUGGCCAUGGCAGUGAUCAUCUCCAAGGGGGUGCCACAAUUGGCAGUGUGCUUGUCAGAAGAACCAGAAGAUCAUAUUAAGGCAGCAGCUGCUUGGUCCUUGGGACAGAUUGGAAGACAUACUCCAGAACAUGCCCGUGCGGUUGCAGUAGCAAACGUAUUACCUGUGUUGCUUUCCCUGUAUAUGGCAAGUGAAAGUUCAGAAGAUCUUCAAGUCAAAACCAAGAAAGCCUUAAAGAAUAUCCUCCAGAAAUGUACUCAUCUGCCGGCACUUGAGCCCUUGCUCCAUGAUGCUCCUCCCAACAUUCUGAAGCACAUAGUUGGGCAAUUCAGCAAGGUUCUGCCACAUGAUUCCAAAGCCCGGCGCCUUUUUGUAACAAGUGGUGGCCUUAAAAAGGUCCAGGAGAUAAAAGCAGAGACUGGCUCGCUUCUUCAAGAAUACAUCAACACUAUUAACAAUUGUUAUCCUGAGGAAAUAGUCAGGUACUAUUCCCCUGGAUAUUCUGAAGCACUUCUGGAAAGGAUAGAAAAUUAUCAGCCCAUUCUAUAAACUCUUCUGCAUUUGUGAUAAGAGUAAUUUUUUCUAUUUCCUAUCUGUGUUUCUAAGUGGCUAGCUUAUAUAGUUUGGGAAAUUCUAGCCUACGAGAUAGUUAGCCUUCUGUUCUGUUACCAAUCAGUUGUGAUGACAGGAAGAUACUACCUUUUCUCUUGUAAGCCACACUUGGUUUUUCUGAGAUCCAAGGCUGUCUUGUGUCUAUGUUAAGAAGUCCGCAUUUCUCAGAAUUUCUUGAAGACUUGCAAAUGGAGGGGCCAACGUCUUUUCUGAAUGUUUUGAUCCUUCAGUCUUCAGAGUGGUUGUCAAAUCAGAUACUUGAGAUGCAGAAUUGUUUCAACAGAUAAGAAUGUUAGUAUGGUAAUCUGGAAUUGCAUAGUUCUCAUUCAUCGCAAUGGGAUUUGUGCAGAGGUGCAAUUUGUAGCGCAUCUUGGGCAAGUAGGAAUUGCUUUCAAACAUGCAAAUGAGCAGUGGAUUGUGCUCUCCUCUUCUCCAUAUUUUGACUAGCUGCUGCCCCAGCCUCAACCACAGAACUUUCUCAGGCACCUUGAGGAACUAACCUUUGAACUGAUGGCCAUUUGACCCUUUCGCAUUCAGGCUUUUGAUGGGGCGGCUUCAACUCUGUUUAAUUUUUAGAGGUGGAUUUCAGGAGAAUUUUUGUCUGGAUAAUAAACCACUGGUAAGGAUUUGUAAGUAGUUAAAAGAAAAUUGAAAAUAAACAUUGUAGUGAGUUCUUCUUGAAAUUGCUGAAUGCUUCUUCUUACUCUCCCUAACUUCUGAGAGGAGAAUGGUUUUAAGAAAAAAUAGUUCAAGAUAGUUCCAACUGUUCAGAUAAUUCAAGAUGAUGACACCCAAUGGAACAAAAUAAAACUCUGCAUAUAGUACCAAACAGAAACAAAGUUCUUCUGAUUUUUUAACCUGGGAUCUUAUUGUAUUUAUAUUUGUCUCAGUGUUUGCCUAUGCAUCUGUAACAGAUGAGAGUCAAAGGGUAUUUAGAAGGGGGAACAUUACUUCCAUCAGCCUCUGCACAAAGAUCACUCAAUGAAUCUUAACAUAGCUGGAAGCAACCAGUGUUAUAUAAUGGGAUUACAACUGACAGGCAGUGUAAUAGGAUGGAAUAUCUCUUCAGUAGUGAAAUUGGCACAGACUAUUUGAAGAACCGUUGCAUUGCAAAUCUAUAUGCCUGCAGUGCGAUCCUAAGCAGGUCUACUCAGUAUCCUCUGGAAAUCUACUCAACCCGAGGAAGGAUUCUUAGGACUGCACUGUGGGUUGUCAGGCUGUUGUUGGGGAAGGGGAUGGGCAUCGGCUCAGUGGUAGAGCAUCUGCUCGGCAUGUAGAAGAUACCAGAUGCAAUCCCUGGCAUUUCCAGUCCAGAAGAUCAUUCAGGGCUAGUGAUCUGAAUGACCUCCACCUGAACACCUAGAGAGCUGCUGCUAAUCCGAGUUGACAACACUGACACUGAUGGACCAGUGGUCUGAUACUGUGUAAGGAGGCUUCAUAUCCCGCAAUCCUACCAGCCCACAUGCACCAGUUAUAUAUUUAUAUUUCAGUUGCACCUGAAACGGCACUCUUCCUUGGAAGUUCCACAGAACUGAAAUAUCAUGCAGCUAUGGUAAGGUGUGGAAAACGUCAUCUUUCCUAUGACUGCAGAUGCACAUAGCCAGUGUUGUUUCAGGGUGACAUUGUGGAGGGUUGACAGGAGUAUGUUUUUUUCUUGAACAGUGAUAUAGUUGUAUGAACGAGUUUCCACUUCUACAUAAAUAUUUUUCAAUUCAGGAUGUUGUGUUGCCGUACGAAAACUAGAUCAGGGAGAAAUGUAGACUUGCCAUAACAUUCCUUUCUCACGAGGACACAAAAAUAAGAAUUUAUC